AUGAAGGGCAAUGAAGGCAGUGGAGGCGCGUUACAGCGGGCCCAGCGGCGUCUGCAAAUAUCGUUCGUCAUCCGCUCUUACUGUGACUCCACCAGAUGGAUCAGCAUCCUGAGACACGACCUGGCAAACCGUUUCCCCUGCGACACCACCCGCCGGAGGCGCAAAAAGACAGGUACACAGGUCCCUCGGGACAUGCGUCGUCCUGCUGGAUUUGCUGGCUAUGCUGGCUAUGCUGGCUAUGCUGGCUCUGGGUCAUGA